AUGCGCCGGAGCGCGAGCGGCGCCCCCUGCCGCAGGAGGGACUGGAACCUUCAUGAGAAGGCCACCCAGAGCAAGCCCCCCACCCCCAGGUCCCCAACCCAGCCUUCAGAACUCGCAGCUAAUGGCUACUUGUCCCCCACACCUGAGCCAGCCCUGGCUGCGGUUGCCCAAAAUGGGGCCAUCCGUAGCCUGGUGGUCUACCACCCCAUCAGCUGUCCUCACCCCAGCAGUGACCUCACGCCUACCUGUGCUUCGUCCACCCUGCCUUACUGGGCAGUCUUGGUGCUCCUGCCCCAGGCCAGCAGGAAGACCAAGAAGAAGGAGGGCGGGGCGCUGCGUGCCCAGAGGGCAUCCUCCAAUGUCUUCUCCAACUUCGAACAGACCCAGAUCCAGGAGUUCAAGGAGGCAUUCACACUCAUGGAUCAGAACCGAGAUGGCUUCAUUGACAAGGAGGACCUGAAGGAUACCUACGCCUCCCUGGGCAAAACCAACGUCAAGGAUGAUGAGCUGGACGCCAUGCUCCGGGAGGCUUCAGGGCCCAUCAACUUUACCAUGUUCCUGAACCUGUUUGGGGAGAAGCUGACUGGCACAGACACUGAGGAGACCAUCCUGAAUGCCUUCAAGAUGCUCGAUCCUGACGGCAAAGGCAGCAUCCACAAGGAGUACAUCAAGCGCCUGCUGAUGUCCCAGGCUGACAAGAUGACUGCAACUGAGGUGGACCAGAUGCUGGAGUUCGCCUCCAUCGACGCAGCGGGCAACCUGGAUUACAAGGCGCUGAGCUACGUGCUCACCCAUGGGGAGGAGAAGGAGGAGUGA